AGGCUAUAGAAAAGGCUUAUGAAAUAAGAACUUAAGGCAUAAGAAAACAAUUUGUCUUCUACCAGCAGCACAACACAAAGGGAUGGCAAGUUGAAAAGGUCUGACAAGCUUAAAUCAAGUUGAUUAGCGGUGAUACAAGACUUAAUGUUGAAGAUUUGCGAAGGCGGCUAAGCAAUUGGAAGGCAGAGUAUAAAUAGAGCUCUUUGGUGAACACUGGAGAUCACGCUUUUCUUCUGUUCUGCAAGCACUUUUGUACAUAGAAGACAGUUUUGGAGAGGCAGAGAUUGAAGAACAUAGAGGAGAAUACCAACAACAAUUGAAGCAUUUUUGGGUUAUUCUCUUCUCUUAAUUUCAUGAAUCUUUUAGUGUUCUUCAUGAUUAUAUGUAGCUAAAUACUCUUCUAGGGUUUAUGGUAGAUCUUGUAAUUGAAAUUCCUUAUACUAUGUCUUAGUUUUAUGUUCUAGUUUCUUGUUUGAAUUUCUAUUUUUAGUUCAAUUAAUUUUAUCCUAUUGAUUUUAUCACAUGAUUAGGAAUGAUCAACCUAUGAAUGUUUAUAAUCAAUUGAUUGAUCAGCGACGUACUGCAGUUAAUUGGUGGACCUAUAGGAUAAAUGAGACUUAGAUUAUUGCAUGACCAAACCUUAAUCUUAGUCUUCCAAUCAUUCAACCUUUUUGCACUUUAUGCUUUUCUUGAAUUUAAACUCUUUGCAUGACCAAACAAGGGGUUAAUUUAGGAAAAAGAAUAUUAAUCACGAAUGACCAAACGGAUUAAUAGUUUUAGUAAAGGGAUUGGUAAUUGAGUUAAAAUAAUGGAAUUCAAGUGGAACUAGACAUAGGGAAUCAAUGAUUGCGAGUGAAACCAUGACCCUAGACCUCUCUCUACUAGUUUACAACUUCACAUUUUUAUUCUUGUUCUUAUUCGUACUCGUCAUUAUUUUCUCUUUAGUUAUCAUAAACAACUCAACUCUUUAUCCGUCUAGAUAAUAAAUAAUCUUAACUAGUUUGGUAAUUGUUAAUUAAUCCCUGUGGAUACGAUAAUCUUUUAUAUUACUACUUCUGCGCUAGAGUACACUUGCUCUAAGUGUGUUUUUAACGCAACAAGUUUUUGGCGCCGUUGCCGGGGAUUAAUUCAACAAUAUUAGACGAAAAAGAUUUUUUUUAUUAAUUUAGACAUUGUACAGUUUUUGUCUAUUUAUUUUGUUAUUUUCCAUUCUUAAUAUCACUUCUGCGUACUCACCUGCUCUCAAGAGCCUGUUUGUAGUUGAUUGUAUUUUGCAGGAAAAGAAAAAGUCAUGGCUGAGAGAAAAACAAUGAGAGAUUACAUCAUAGAAGCUAAAUUGGAUGCUAUAAUAGCUAAUUUGGAAAUUCUUAAAAGACAAUUUGGGAUAUAUACCUCUCUUCCUUGUGAACAUUGUGAUUUAGUGGGGCAUGAAAGUGAAGAAUGUCCGACAAGAAGUAUAUGGGAUGAUGGUGAAAUUGUCCAUAAUGGGGAGCAACAUGAUCCUCACCCUUUCAAGAGGGACAUUAAUUACAUACCACCUUGCUUGAGACGUUGGUGUCCAGAACAAGCGGAAGAGCCAUAUGUUAAUGAGACACUUACAACCUUGAACCAAAACACUCUUACUGAGUUAUCUCAAAAACCUCAAGACUCAAUAUCCACACAUGUUGAGCCCAAACAAGAGGAAGAAUACGAAAAUGUCACUCUCAUUAGUGGUGUAGACUUAAAUGAAAAGCUUGAACAUGAGGGACUUGUAUCAGUAGGAUGUGAACAAGCUCUUACUGAAGAGAGCAAUUGUGAAGAAAAAUACCUUGUGGUUCAAGACAAAAAAGAAAGUCUAGAAGCCCCGAUCAUUUUGGGUCAAACUCUAGUAACCAUUGGUGAUGUGGUAAUUGAGGUUCAAAAGGGAAAGGUAAGCUUAAGGCAUGGUAAGGAAGAUGAUGUUUUGAAAGCUUUAAAUUCUGUUGAAAAAUUCUCUCAUUUUAUUUCUUCCUAUUUUGACAAUCUGGUUAUUACUAAUAAUUUUAGUGAUUUAAGGAUGCAGGACCCUUUGGAAAAGACUCUUAUUUUGCAGGAUCCUAGCAUAAUGGUGGAUGUUAUGGAAGUGAAAACUUCACUUUUUUUUGAAGCUCAUCCACCACAUGGAAAAAGAAAGAAUAAUAUGAACCACAUGAUUAGAAAGUUAAGAAGGGGCAAUGCAUUAAAGGUGAAAUUUGCCCUUGGAGAGCCACCUGAUUGAUUAUUUGGCUCUCGUCAAGCUCAGGACGUUAAAUAAGCGCUUCGCGGGAGGCAACCCGUGUUUAUUGUUUUAUAUUUUAGUUUAUUAUAUUUUUAUUAUGUUGGUAUGUUUAAUUUUAUUUUGAAGAAAAUCAGCAUCUUUAUCCCGAAAUGUUGCACUCAAGAUGGUUCAGACGUUACACUGUCACUGGAGUUCUUCCUCACGGAGCACUUGAGGUUUCUAAAGAAGAUGACACUACUUUCAAAGUUAAUGGGCAGUUGCAAAACAUUAUGAUGAAGGGUUGCUCCAAGUGAGAUAUGUCGCUCGCCUCAAUGGUUGAAAGCUUUCUCAGGGAAGCUACUUUUACUCUCUCUCACUUAUUUACUUUUGUGUCUAGUUGAAUAUUUUGUUUUGAAUUUUGACCAUGUUCUGAACUAGUGUGGGGGAGGGUCUAUAUUUUGGCACUUGACAUUUGCUAGUUCUAGUUGAUUGCAUUUUUCUGGCUUGUUUUGAUUGAAAUUAUGCUGAACAAUUGAAAAAUAGAGAUUAUGCCUUUGAAAAUUUUAUUUGACAGACUUGUUCAAUUGAGAUAAUGGGGUUGUCUUUAGGUAGCUAAUAAUUAGCAUAAUGGUUCGUCUUGACUAUCUUUUUGUGAACCAACUUCUAUAUGUGAGAUUUGAGCCUUUAUAAAGGGGAUUACUUGUUAAGUAUAUGUUUUGACCCCUUCUUUUUGUGUGAGUGUGUUUCCCAUUUUGUCACAUUCUAGAACUUGUCUUGUGACCGUGCUAAAGCGAAAAUUGAUCUGCAUCAUGUGAAAAAUGUUGGGGCAUUUUGUAGGUAUUCUUUUGGCCUUUAAUUUUGUUGUUUUAAAAUCAUCCUUAGUUGCCCACUUUGAGCCUAUUGAUUAUUUAUUCAUUGGUACCUAGAUAUGAUUAAGUAUAUUGUUUUUUUUUUGUGGUAACCAUUUGAAAUUGAAAGUGGAGUAACUAUUCAAAAGAAAAUUUCCUAUAUUUGAGAUGUUCAAUUGUAUGUGCAUGCUACUGUCAAAAGAAAAUAUGUAUGAUGAGCAAGAAGGAAAGAAAUAAAAGAAGUAGGUUGUGUCAUUAUAGUGAACAUUUCUUUCAAAAGAAUGAGAAUUGCAAAACAAAAAGUCCAAAAAGAAAAGAAGAAGAAAUAAGAAUUUUCAUGUUUGAGUUGCUCAAUUGUUUUAUGAGCAUGAUAGAAAGAAAAAAUAAAAAUAAAAAAAUAAAAAAAAAAUAAUAAAAAAAAAAUAAAUUGAAAGAGCACAUUUUUGUAGAAAAGAAAGGAAGAGGGGUUGAUUUGGAGUUUGAAGCAACAGUUAAAAGUAUAUAUAGGAGCUCCAUUUUGGUUUCAAAUGUUGCUAUUUGUUUCUUGUAUUUUUACCCCUUUGAUUAUCCAUUUCUUCUUAUAUCCCACCUUGCACGAAUUAACCAUGGCCCCGUUACAACCCGUAAGACCCCAUCUUUUGCAUGCAUAUGGACUAUUUAGUGGAGAUUUGGUCAAAUUACAAGCCUAUGGUAAUGUGCAUUUUGUGGAAACUUGAGUGCUUAUUUUCCAAAGUCCCUAAACACUUAAGAGAGAUCGUGAGAGAGCGCUCCUGUUCAUUUAAAGGUAGUCUUCAUGGACAUAUAAGACUCUAAUUGGGCAACCUUUUGACACUCCAUAUAUUUUAUAUUGUCUGUCAUUGUUGUUUAUGAUUUUUGGUCUCUUAUUUGGCUAUUUGAAAAUGUAUUGAGCUAGGAAGUUUGCUUGAGGACAAGCAAAGGUUAAGUGUGGGGGAGUUGAUAAACUCCAAUUUAGUGUAUUAUAUAUAGAUACUUUUUGUGGUAUUUUAGUAUAAUUACUUAUUAUUAUAUAAAUUACUAGCUUCACUUAAGUAUUUAUUAUUACUAACUAUUAUUAGUAUAUAUAUUACUAAUUAUUAUUAAUAUUAGUCACUUAAAUAUAUAUUUGUGUAGAUAUAAUGGGAAGCCCGAAUGAUGCAUACGAUGGCCCAAUUAAUUGAAUGAGAGCUUCUACACUCUUGUGGACAUUGGUAAAAAGGAAAUAGAAAAGGCUAUAGAAAAGGCUAUAGAAAAGGCUUAUGAAAUAAGAACUUAAGGCAUAAGAAAACAAUUUGUCUUCUACCAGCAGCACAACACAAAGGGAUGGCAAGUUGAAAAGGUCUGACAAGCUUAAAUCAAGUUGAUUAGCGGUGAUACAAGACUUAAUGUUGAAGAUUUGCGAAGGCGGCUAAGCAAUUGGAAGGCAGAGUAUAAAUAGAGCUCUUUGGUGAACACUGGAGAUCACGCUUUUCUUCUGUUCUGCAAGCACUUUUGUACAUAGAAGACAGUUUUGGAGAGGCAGAGAUUGAAGAACAUAGAGGAGAAUACCAACAACAAUUGAAGCAUUUUUGGGUUAUUCUCUUCUCUUAAUUUCAUGAAUCUUUUAGUGUUCUUCAUGAUUAUAUGUAGCUAAAUACUCUUCUAGGGUUUAUGGUAGAUCUUGUAAUUGAAAUUCCUUAUACUAUGUCUUAGUUUUAUGUUCUA